AUGAUGGCGGAGGAUAGUGAAUCCGCAGCCAGCCAGCAGAGCUUGGAACUGGAUGAUCAAGAUACUUGUGGUAUUGACGGGGACAAUGAAGAGGAAAAUGAACAUAUGCAGGGGAGUCCGGGGGGAGACCUCGGGGCAAAAAAGAAGAAGAAGAAACAGAAAAGAAAGAAAGAAAAACCAGGUUCAGGAGGAACUAAAUCCGAUUCUGCCUCAGACUCCCAGGAGAUAAAGAAUCCAGCCAUUCCAAUGCAGAAGUUGCAGGACAUCCAAAGAGCCAUGGAGCUGCUGUCCACUUGCCAAGGUCCGGCCAAGAACAUCGACGAAGCCACCAAGCACAAGUACCAGUUCUGGGACACCCAGCCUGUCCCUAAACUCAACGAGGUGGUGACCACUCAUGGGCCGAUUGAACCAGAUAAAGAGAACAUCAGACAGGAACCGUACUCCUUACCCCAGGGAUUUAUGUGGGACACACUGGACCUGAGCAACGCUGAAGUGCUGAAGGAGCUCUAUACACUGCUGAAUGAGAACUAUGUUGAGGAUGAUGAUAAUAUGUUCAGAUUUGACUACUCUCCUAAUUUCCUGAAAUGGGCACUGCGUCCUCCUGGUUGGCUCCCGCAGUGGCAUUGUGGAGUAAGGGUGUCGUCCAAUAAGAAGCUGGUCGGCUUUAUCAGUGCCAUUCCCGCAGACAUCCACAUCUAUGACACGUUAAAGAAAAUGGUCGAAAUAAAUUUCCUGUGCGUGCAUAAGAAAUUGCGUUCUAAACGCGUGGCUCCGGUUCUGAUCCGCGAGAUUACGCGACGGGUCAAUCUGGAGGGAAUAUUCCAGGCAGUUUACACAGCAGGGGUGGUGCUACCCAAACCUGUAUCAACAUGCAGGUAUUGGCACCGUUCACUGAAUCCCAGGAAGCUUGUGGAGGUGAAAUUCUCUCACCUCAGCAGAAACAUGACUCUACAGAGAACAAUGAAGCUCUACAGAUUACCAGACAGCACACGCACGCCAGGUUUGAGGCCCAUGGUUGCCGGAGACGUCAAACAGGUGACUGCCCUCUUACAGAAAUACCUAAGCCAGUUCCACCUGAGGCCUGUCAUGGGCGAAGAGGAGGUCCAACACUGGUUCCUACCGCAGGAAAACAUCAUAGACACAUACGUAGUGGAGGGUCCAGGUGGCGUGCUGACUGACUUUACCAGUUUUUACACCCUCCCGUCCACCGUGAUGCACCAUCCGCUGCAUAAGAGUCUAAAGGCGGCAUACUCCUUCUACAACGUCCACACGCAGACCCCGCUAAUCGACCUGAUGAACGACGCCCUCAUACUGGCCAAACUGAAAGGAUUUGACGUUUUUAAUGCUCUAGAUCUCAUGGAAAAUAAGACUUUCUUGGAAAAGCUGAAGUUUGGCAUCGGGGACGGAAAUCUACAGUAUUACCUGUACAACUGGAAAUGUCCCCCCAUGGACCCAGAGAAAGUUGGCCUUGUGUUGCAAUAGCCGGUAGUUUGAGGUCCUGAAACACGCUCAACAUGUGGUCAACCUCAGUUUGUCAAACCUUAAGCCUGGAUAUGUAGACCGUCCACAGAACUGAAGAGGAAAACCAAACCAUUCAUUUAAAGUGACUGAGUGACUUAG